AUGGCGUUCCCUGCGGAGCAGCAGCCCAGUUGGACAGAUGACCUGCCAUCCUGCCAUCUCUCGGGGGUGGGCUCCGCUCCAAACCGUUCCUACAGUGCAGAUGGCAAGGGCACAGAAGCUCACCCCUUGGAAGAUAAUUGGUUAAAGUUCAGGAGCGAGAACAACUGCUACCUCUAUGGUGUCUUCAAUGGCUACGAUGGCAACCGAGUCACCAACUUUGUGGGUCAAAGGCUCUCGGCAGAACUGCUCUUGGGCCAGCUACAUGCAGAUCACAGUGAUGCUGACGUGCGCCGAGUUCUGCUGCAGGCUUUUGAUGUGGUAGAAAGGAGUUUCUUGGAGUCCAUUGAUGAUGCUUUGGCAGAGAAAGCCAGCCUGCAGUCUCAACUACCAGAGGGUGUCCCUCACCACCAGCUGCCUCCUCAAUACCAGAAGAUUGUGGAGAGAUUGAAGGUUGUAGAGCAGGAGAUCUCCGGAGGAGCCAUGGCGAUUGUGGCUGUCGUUCUCAACAACAAGCUCUACAUCGCCAAUGUGGGCACGAACCGGGCACUGCUGUGCAAGUCCACAGUGGACGGGCUGCAGGUGACUCAGCUCAACGUGGACCAUACGACAGAGAAUGAGGAUGAACUUUUCCGCUUUUCCCAGCUGGGCUUGGACGCAGGGAAAAUAAAACAAGUGGGAACUAUUCGUGGGCAGGAGAGCACUCGGCGCAUUGGAGAUUACAAAGUCAAAUAUGGCUAUACAGAUAUCGAACUGCUCAGUGCUGCUAAGUCUAAACCCAUCAUAGCAGAGCCGGAAAUCCACGGAGGGCACUCGCUGGAUGGCGUGACCGGUUUCUUGGUGCUGAUGUCGGAAGGGCUCUACAAAGCUCUGGAGGCAGCUCAUGGGCCUGGACAGGCCAAUCAGGAAAUUGCAGCCAUGAUAGCCACGGAGUUUGCCAAGCAGACGUCCCUGGACGCGGUGGCACAGGCAGUGGUGGACCGGGUUAAGCGGAUCCACUGCGACACUUUUGCCAGCGGUGGGGAACGGUCCAAGUUCUGUCCCCGGCAUGAAGACAUGACGCUGCUUGUGAGGAAUUUCGGGUACCCCCUGGGCGAGAUGAGCCAGCCCACGCUGACACCGACACAAGGAGGCCGUGUCUACCCAGUCUCUGUGCCAUACUCCAGCUCCCAGAGCACAAGCAAGACCAGUGUCACACUGUCCCUCGUCAUGCCUUCCCAAGGCCAGAUGGUCAAUGGUGCCCACAGCAGCUCUACUCUGGAUGAAGCCACCCCCACCCUCACUAACCAGAGCCCCACGGUGACCCUGCAGUCCACCAACACCCACACGCAGAGCAGCAGCUCGAGUUCGGACGGGGGUCUCUUCCGCUCCCGCCCCGCGCACUCACUCCAGCCCGACGAGGACGGGCGCGUUGAGCCCUACGUGGACUUUGCCGAGUUCUACCGGCUUUGGAACAUGGACCAUGGCGAGCAGGGGGCACUGACUGUCUCCUAACGUAACGUGGGGAGGUGCCUCCUGCGGCCACCCUGCGCUCAGCUCCGUGAGCAAAGACUGAGGCGAGGAGGAGAGAGCUGCAGCCACCAAGCGUGUUCUGCCACGAGCUGACUCCUGCCCAGGGCGUGCUGGCCGCGGCGCCGGGGAGCCCGUGCAGCUCUCGCGCAUUGCCUGGGCUGUGCAGCCUCUCCCGAGCAGCCUCGUUCCCUGUGAAUAGGGAAGGGCUCUUGAAUGCGGCCCUCGCUGCGAGUUGCUGCGAAUUGAGCUGCAGCGAGGGUUCCCUUUCUGGAUGAUGCGAGAGUAGGGGCCGGUACAAAGGCUGUGUGUGUGUGUGUGUGUGUGUGUGAGGGAGAGGGGGUGUAUGCGCGUGAGGGCACCUGCUGUCAUCAUGUUUCCACAACUCGGUUCAUAAUGCUGUGAUUCCAGUGUUCAACUCCAUAGAAGAUACCUCUAUUUUGCAGAAUAAAUAACUUAUAGCUACACUC